AUAUAUAUAUGGCACCAACCGGCAUAUCAAAUCAUUUCUGUUUUGUUAUUUCUACCAUUUCUACGGAUUUCGUUUUCUUAUUACAUAUAUAUAAAUAUAGAUAGAUCAGUCUGUCAAAGGAACGAGGAGGAGAAGGAGAGGUGCUGCAAGAAUGACACCGCCCAACAUGGCAGCAAUCACUGCAUCGCUUCAAACAUCUCUCCAGAACUGCUCCCUGGACACCAACACCGCCGGAGGAGCAGGCUUUGCGACUUCAUCUCCCUCUUCCUCUUCCAUCAGCAACCAUCACUCAAGUUCUUCCUCCGACGCCACCUUGGAACUCAAUUCAAGCAGAUCACUGCCUUACCAUUGGGAACAAUGUCUCGAUCUCAAGACGGGAGAGGUAUUUUACAUACACUGGAAAACGAGGAUGAAAGCUAAAGAGGACCCGCGGAUGGCCGAUCAUGGGUUUUACAGCGAUGAUGAUGAUGACAACGAAGAAAACCAGGACGAAGAAGAAGGCUUCUAUGACGAAGAAGGAUCUUCGUCGGAAUCAUCUUCGCCUGUUUCAUCAUCAAAUAAACACAAUCAGAAUAAUGUGUUGGUGGUGGCCGGAUGCAAGAGCUGUUUCAUGUAUUUCAUGGUAGCCAAACAGGUGGAGGAAUGUCCCAAAUGUAAUGGUACUAGUAAUGAGCGUGGGAAGGCACCGACAUGAUUCGUACACACACGCAUUGGAGUUUAUGUUUGAGAUUCUGGGGAGAUGUUUUGUGAUGAUAACAUUUGAUACAAUGUGUUUUGACAUUAUUUUAUGAGUGAAUGAAUGUUUUAAAAAUGAAAAAUUGUUUUGAAAAUUUACGUUGUUACAAGUUGGUAUCAGAGCCUUGGUUUGAGGGAUUCGGAUGCAUCUUCGGGCGUAUCUGCACUCAAACUGAGGAUUUGAGGAAAAUUUUGAUAAUGAAGUAAAUUUUUUGAAAAGAGUAAAAAGAGUUUUGAGACAAACAGAGCCGAGCCGUGUGUACGAUCAGCCAGCGCCCGAACGGUGAAUCCUCAAAAGUACCCUUACAUUAUGUGUUAUGAGAUAUGUUAUGUUACAUUAUACAUGCUAGAGUAGGCUAGGUAUACAUAUUAGGACUAGAGUGGCCUGAUUUGUGAUGCCUUAGCCUAGGAGAUUUCUGCUGCUGAGAUGCUUUGAGAGCGAGUAGAUAGCAGUUAGGAGCUCAUGAGAAUAGCGUACUUAUAAUCCAAGAUCCAAGGAGGAGGACUUGGAGUGAAUGCUGAUGCGGUGUGGUCAGUAGUAUUGGGCCUGUACUACUGAAGACACCGGAUCAGUGGGCAUUCCAAGUAAGAAUCUUUUGGACAAUGGAGGACAAGUAGGGUUGUGUCAUCGAGUAUGUGUAUGCUCGAUCGAGUCUCUGAUAAUUUUUGUUAUAUUUCAGAGGCUUCAUGGUUGGGACUCGACACACACCUAAGAGCAGUGGUGUCAGCGACGAGGAGAUCCGUCGAUUGAUUCAUGAGGAGGUGGCUGCUGCCAUCUGGGAUGAGAUUCCUGAGAUGUUUGGGGACAUCAAGACCAUGUUGAUUCAGACUUUUGAUGAGCGGUACGCAACGCUGAAUGAGGCUGCUGCUGUUGCUGCUGCUAGACCUCAGGGUGGUGACUCGUUUUUUUUCCGGGAGUUCAACAACACGAAGCCACCAGAGUUCGACGGGACGCAGGACCCGAUUGCCGCUAUGAGAUGGAUCUCAGACAUUGAGGGAUGUUUCUAUACGUGCCUUUGCCCAGAGCACUUGAGGGUUCGGUUCGCCUUGAACCAGCUCCGCCCGGGAGUGAAGGAUUGGUGGAAGUUCAUGACGGUGAACUUCACUUUGGCUGAGACUUCCGAGGUGACCUGGGAGAGGUUCACCGCUAUGUUCAGAGAGGAGUAUAUUCCCCCGGUGGAGAGGGAACGGUUGAUUCAGGAGUUCUUGACCCUCAAGCAGGGUACUGAUUCUGUGGCAGUGAUCACCAGGAAGUUUCAUGAGAGGACGAUGUUUUGCCCUGAGCAGGUGUCUUCUGAGCAGGCUCGUAUGAGCCGUUAUCUGAUUGUUAUGAGGAGAGAUAUUCGGGAGUUCGUGGCGAAAUUGACUUACCGGACAUUUGCUGAGCUCUAGGAAAAUGCCCAGAAGAGGGAGAUCGAGUUGGAGACUCAGGCCAGGGAGGAGGCCGAGUCGCAGAGGGCGGAUCGGCGGCCGGCAGCCAAGCGGGCUAGACCCACUAAUUCGAGAUCUGGGGGCGCGAAGGGCCGCACUUGUGGGAAGUGCGGUAAGAGUCACGAGGGGUCGUGCAGGGCUGAGGUAUGCUAGAAGUGUGGGAAGGAGGGACAUAUCGCGAGGGAUUGCCCCAAGGGAUUUUCGGUUUGCUUUCAUUGCAACCAGACCGGCCAUCGGAAGGCCGAGUGCCCGCAACUUUUUCAGAGAUCUGCGCCUAUUGCUAAGGCUACCGAGGUUCGACCGGUGAAGGCCGAGGCCCCGAAGGCUCGUGGGAAAGCAUUUCAGUUGACCGCGGAGGAGGUCCGCGCGACGCCCGAUGUUGUGCCUGGUACUAGUGAUGAGCGGGAAGGUGCCGACAUGAUUCGUACACACACGCAUUGGAGUUUAUGUUUGAGAUUUUGGGGAGAUGUUUUAUGAUGAUAACAUUUGAUACAAUGUGUUUUGACAUUAUUUUAUGAGUGAAUGAAUGUUUUAAAAAUGAAAAUUUGUUUUGAAAAUUUACGUUGUUACAUGUUUAAAGUGUUUAUUUGUUUCCUUGUUGAACUUGGAUUUGCAGGUUGAAAUGUUUAAAAUAAAAAAUUAAGGGGA